CUGCGUGCACUCCACAACUGACCCCUGGAAACUAGAGCUUUCCAUCUAUGAGACGAGAAGCUUAUUUUCACUUUCACAGCCUUGUUGCACUUGUUCAGACAUUCUAGAACUCUCUAGAGCUUGUGUCUUUAUUCUUUAACGCUGCACAACUUCCCUUGAAACAAUCACCCAGCACAAGCAAAGUCACUAUGCGUCACAUCCACGUGGAACUGGUUCGUAAAGAGCCAGCCGUUGAGCUUCCAGCCCAGGAUGGGGAUCUACCUCUGCCUAGCACUCAGAGCGAGAGCCCUGAACCUGGAAUACGGCGAGUAGUUCCUAGAACUUUUGGAGACGAAGAGAUAAGGCUCCAGAAGGUCUACCAGUUGUCCAUCCUCUCCCAAAGAGGUGUUUUUGGGGAAAAUCAGGAGACUCUGCGGCCUCUCAGAUUAGGCAUGAAGCGUAGUCUUGAGGGAACGCCGGCCCCUGUCGCCCACAAGCGUGUUUUCCAACAGAAUGAGGAUGACGGUGAUGAGUCUGAUGGAGAGGUGCUUUGCGGGUCUGGGGUGGAACCACUUUUUUCCAACUCGUUCCUUGAGCACAGAGACUCAGAAAUACCUAGGUCACCUCCACUUUCCCCACUGAUUCCUGGUCGCCGCCCAGCUCAGCACAACCACGACAGACCCAUCCCAGAUGCCUUCACUCCGCUGUCACCAAAAUCUCCCCCUAUGGUGGACCCCCCAGCCCCUCACUCCACCUGGGGCCACUGUGAGAGGAGUCCUCCCACCCUUACUCCCAGGACAGAGGCCUCCACAGCAGGAAAUGCCCCUGAUGGCUCCUGUGAAGGGCCACAAGACGAAGGCCAUAACUCUGUGGAUAUCAAAGGCACAUUAUGUGCCACAGAGAGCAGUUGGGCACCCGUCCCGUUUUCAACACCAGCUGAAGCUGUCGAAUGGGGUGCAACUUUUGAAUCUUCUCCUCCACCAUCAGAGACAAGGACCUCCUCCUCCUGCUCUAACGGACUGAGCUCUCUGGAGAAAACACCAGUGGAAGCAAACGGACUAGCAGGAUCAUCCAAUUCCUGUCCAGUGAAGAAAAGGCUUCUGUCCUCCAGUGAUACAGGAGAGUCCUGCUCAGAGGAUGAAGGUCCAUCUACAUCAAAACGCAGUCGGCUGGCACUGUUAGCACCAGGGCUCGGACUAGCAUCCUGUCGCAGCACUGAUGCCAAGGGUGCGCCCUUUUGGAACCAUCUACUACCCUCUGCAAGAGAGCAGACCAAGACUUCUACAGACUGUUCACGAUCAGGGAGAAGGUUCAAAGUUGGGACUCGACUCAAAGCACGACAGUUGCGCAGUGGACGCCGAACAGAUACCAGUCGCUCCUGCAGUUCAGUCUCCUCUUUAUCCUCCAUUAGCAGACCUCUUCUUGGCAACUUUGAGGAGUCCAUUCUGAAGGGUCGUUUUACUCCAUCUGGACGGAUUGAGGGCUUUACAGCAGAGAUCGGGGCAAGCGGCUCCUAUUGCCCACAGCAUGCCACCUUACCUGUGCAAGUGACUUAUUAUGACACCUCAGAGCACAGUGCCCCUUCUCCCUUUCUGGGAGUGAUCUUGUUAGAACCACUUGGAAAAAAAGGAUACAGCGUACCCAAAGCAGGGACCAUUCAAGUGACCUUAUUUAACCCCAAUAAGACUGUGGUUAAAAUGUUUUUGGUGACGUAUAAUUUUGGCGACAUGCCCGUUAAUCACAUGACCUUCUUGCGCCAUCGCAUCUUCCUGGUGCCUGUGGAGGAGGCGGAGCGGUCAGAGGAAGGCGCCUUGUUCGACAGGAAGAAGAUUCUCUGUUACUUGAUACACCUCAGAUUCCAGAGUUCCAAAUCUGGAAAAAUCUACUUGCACAAUGAUAUCCGGCUGCUAUUCUCCCGCAAGUCCAUUGAGGUGGACACUGGGAUUCCUUACGAGCUGAAAUCUUUCACCGAGGUGCCAAGAAACCCCAAAUACUCCCCCAGAGUGUGAGAUUGCGAUGCCCUGCUGCAGCGGGGCGGAAAGACUGCAUUAAUAAAGAUGGCAAAAAAAAGGCCCCAGUACACUUGAACACAGACACACUUGCACUCAUACAUGUAUACGCAGACAGAUGUUUGUACAUACACACUGAUAUCACACCCUCUCGAAAGGGCAAACUCUAGAACUGAGUGUGUAACAUGCAUGCCUUGUGACUAAUUUGAGUUUUUCCUUUAGUGCCGUUAAACAGUUAAGCUUUGCCCUUCACUCUGCCUGCACCCGCCCACUGUGGACACGUCGCAGACUUGCUCGCCAACCCGAUCCAUUCUAAAAUGUUGGUGACCAUCGGUAAAUACAGACUUUCUCCUUUAUAGAGGACUGAUUGGAUGUACAAAGAAGAGAUGAAUGAGAACAACAGAAAAGUAUGGAGAGACUACGGAGAUUGGGUGGACACCAACUCGUUAGAGGAGUAAAGAUGGAAAAGAAAGAAAGGGACCGGUGGGAUUGAGGACUGAAUAUACAUCCAUUCAGUAUCUGCAUUGUGUUAAUCUCAGCAUGGGUUGUAAAGAGAAGAAUAGCUCAGUAUCUUUGGACUUUUUUUUUUUUUUUUUUUUGGAAAGGCAGUUUGGAGGACAUUGCUGUUUCUAUUACUUUUGAACAGCCCAACAUCCGAGCAGAAAACAAACUGUAGUAUUUAUGUUCGCAAAUGUCUUAAAAAAAGAAAGCAAUAUGCUGCACAAAUAGAGUGAUUUCCAUUUUUGUGGAGGUAGUAGGUGCCCUCUCUGCUAGGAUGGGGGGAAAUGAUUGCCAAGCGAGUGGGGGUGGAGAGAAAAAGGGAGGGAAUGGGAGGGUAUUUGGGGUAUUUAAAAUCAGAAAAUGUUGUUUAUGUAUAUUUUAAAAAUCGAUUAAACUCUGCGACUUGCGGGUGAAA